AUGAUUAUGGGUUUAUCCCCUAUCCAAAUUCCAAGGAUCAGACGCUACUUCAAAGUACAACAACCACAAAAGCAGGCGGAAAUCGUGAACUUCAAGUCGCAUCUUGAAUCUCUCCCACAGCAUCUUAUCUUAGAAAUCGGGCGCCAAUCCCACUUUCUUCGAGAUGUCCUCAGCCUCAGUCUUUGCUCGAGUCGAUUGCGAUCGGCUUUAGCGUCGAUUCUGUACUCCACGAUCGAACUGAGAUCAAACAGGCUUUUCAAGGCGACGCUCGUUGGCCUGACCAGGCAUCCGGAAAUACCACAGCACAUCAAGAAGCUCGUUGUGCGUCCAAAUAGUGCCGAGUGGACCCUACCUGGGGAUGAAAUCGACGAAAGCAUCGUGUCUAACCUUCUCGUGUCGGUCGUCCCGCUCUGCCGACGUCUUGAAGCAUUUGUAUGGGAUGGAUGGGAGAUGCCUGAUGAUAGGCUAUGGUUGGUUCUUCGAACAUCUUGCCCGUCUCUCAAGUCCGUCAGCACGACUGUUGGGGUGCAGCCUCUGAACCCUUCUAGCCAUUUUUUUGAGUUUUCCGACUUGCGGCAAUUUUCGUUGACUGUCAAAUGUCGAUCUCUGGAAUGGUUAUUGGACGGACACCCCAAAACGGAAAAAUUGCCGAGAAAAUUCUGGGAAAUGUUGCUCGAGCGAUGUCCGAAUCUCGAAGAGUUGACUAUUGCAUCUAUCGCUCCUUCUCCUCGCAUGUUCGAUAUUCGUCAUGUAACCGCUGGUCGAUGGCGACGGUUAAGAAGCCUGACUUUGGGAGAUUUAGUCGUUAACCCAAAUGAAGCUGAAAAAUGCCGCCUGCCAGACCAGCAUCCUUUGAUGAAGUUCUUCGCCGCGCAUCGAAAACUACAACAUGUCGCUCUGCAACAAGCAGGACGCAGUGAAUCUUUUCCACCCUGUUUCUCCCUGGUACCAGCUGCACUCCCCGAUCUUGAAUCUUUCAGCGGUUCUCUCAGAUAUGUGAAGACUUUACCUCAUCCAGAACGUCUGAAACACCUGAACUUGACGAGUCUCCAUCACACACCCUCUGUUUUAACUCCGACUUUUUCAGUCCUUCGGGGACUUCCUUCUCUGAUUUCGUUGAGCAUAUGGAUCGACAUUUCGUUUGGAGGUCGGACCAACUACUUUCAAGACGAAAGCCAUAUCUUUUCUUCGCUAUUAGCUUUCUGCCCAAACCUUCGUCACCUUGAGGUUCUUUGUUUUACUCAUCCGACAUUCCGUGUGAGGGAGUUUUCGCGGGCUCUCCAGAACUCGCCUCAAUUGGAAUCUUUCGUUUUGACCAAGAUGUAUAAAUCGAGGGAGGAAGAUAUAACCAUGAUUGCAGAACGCGUCAUUUACGAAAAUCCAAACCUUAAGAAGUUCACGUUACGCUAUACCGCAGACCGUUGGCCAACUCAAGCUGCUGGCCGCUUGAGGCAGUUGGGAAUCUAUGAAGUACGAUGUGACGAAGACGGCAAUCCUUCGGGUCUCUUCGCGUAUGAAUGGGGACUCCGAGCCUUUGGGUUUGAACACUCGCGGAGUUUUGUCCACCCCCUCUCAAUGGACAAGACUCCGCGAAGCCCAGGGUCGCCGGAGACGAAGUCGACAAGGUCGUCGUUUUCGUCAGGGAAGUCUGCAGGGAGGGCAUCGUUCUCGUCGGAGAGGAGUAGGACCAGCUUCGACCUUGGCUUUAAUCUCUACGGUCUAGUUUGAUGAAAUAGAGUGAAAAUCUGUAUGCAGAUGUACUUUUACUGUACCAAUCCAUGUACCACCUGGAAAUUAGAGGCUGUAGCCAAUCAACGA